AUGCUUGAUUAUAUCAAGGAAAAGAAUAAUAUCAUCAUUACAAAAUAAAAAUCGGGGAAUUCGCUCUACUAAAGCAGCGAGUCUAGUCCAAUCAAUCUCUUAGGGAAUCACAAAAAAUAAAGAUUCCCAACCAUCUCGAAUGCAUAAUUAAAAUCUGCCAUUGAGUAAAAUUAUUUGGAACCUGGUCAGAAACAUACUAUCAUUAGAAAUCCUAAUUAGUUAACUGUAUUCCAAAUGCAAUUUGAUAUGAACUCACCUAGGACUCAAGCGGCUAUGGAAAUGCUUAAAAUACACGAGGAUGAUCUUAAUGUGUAGGAGUAUGCCAACUUUUAUUAAAAGAAAUUGAGUCAACUCUAGAACCUUGUCCAAUAUUUACAAUAUGUAUCUAAUAAAUAUCAAACAUUAAAUGACCUUUUAAAGCGAAGAAAUCAAAUCAAACAUAUUCAAUCUGAAGUUACUAAACGUUUAAACUCUAAAGAUAUCAAGAUUAAAGAUUAGUCUCUAAUUGCUGAGUAACCUGAACCCAAGAAUACUUAAAGGGAAGAUUCAUAGAUCUCUGUUAUUUUAAAUGCAGAUCAAAAAAAGGAAUUAUUCGAAAAAAAGAUAAAUAAAGAAUCUGAAAAUUACAACAAAUUUCUAAAUAUUGUUUAGGAUUAGGUUAAUAAAUAGGAGGAAUACUACAGUAAGACAGCCCCAGAAAUCUAUGAAAAAGCUGAGCAACUCAAAUAAAAGAAAUUAGAUUAAAUUAAAAAGAAAUUGAAAAGAAAGAAUCAAAAAGUAGAUUAGAUAUGUCAAAAAAUUAAACAAGAGGAGUAACUAUAAUAUAGAAAGCAUAAGAAGAUUGUUUAAGAAUUAGAAAAAGAUCUGGAUUAACAUUUUGAGAGAAAACAGAAAUUACUCUUAUAAUCAUAGGAGGAACUGGUUGAUCAAUUAAAAAAGAAAGAGGAAAAAGAGAGAGAAAGAUAAUUGAAGAGACAAAUCUAAAUAAGUUUGGAGCAAAGUAUGAUUAACUAAGUGAUGGAGUCCAUGAAAAAGAAGUCUGACUAUUUGAAUGAUUAUUUGAAUAGAAAAUAAUUAGAGGAUAGAAAGAAAUAAUAGCAAAGUUUGAAGAUGUUCGAGGAAAAAUAAAAAAAAUUAUAAGAAUCUUCUGCACAAAAGGAAAAUGAAUAUGUCAAAAUGUAUUUUAGUAAAUCAACAUAACGAUAAAUUUAACUUAAUAAACAUGAAAUUUCAUAAAUAAAACAAUAAAAAAGCCUAUCCAUGAAAAAUAGUAGGAUUAUGUAAAAGUACGAACAAUACUAAGAGUCCCUCGAUUAGAAAAGAUCUGAUUCCCUUAUUUCGAAACUUCAAGAAGCUGAUGAUAAACUCGAAAAUGGCUUGAAGAGACAUUAGUCAUUAUUGGAUUUACGAAAAUAGAAUCUAUGUGAGAAAAAUGAACAUCGUUUUAAAUUGGCUAAAGAAAAAUAAAUGGAAAAUAUGUUGGAAAAGAUUCAUAAAUAAAACAAAAUUUUAGAAAAAAAUCUCGAGAUUUCGCAAAAAAAUGAAAAAAAUAAAUAAGAAUUAGAAUUUUUGGAGAAAUACAAAAAAGAAAUAAUGUUAGAUAAAUUAAUAUAAAGAAACCAAAAAAUAUAGAAAUUAUAAUCUUGA